AUGGAGAAACAACGUCCAGCUUCGGUCCUGCCUAGCAGCCCGGGCAUGGUGUCCGACUUGCGAGUGGCAACCGAAGCGAUGCAAAGGGCGGCGGACGCCAUGGUCGCGGCCACGGAGUCGUUUCGGAGGGAAACCCAGACCCAAAAUACCGCUCCCAUGGCACAGCAUUCUGAAGAAUCAUUGAGGGAAUCCGGCAGAGACAGCCUGAGCCUGAUGCCGUUCGCAACACCGGCAGGGAGCAGUGUCAGUAUCGGUACGUCGGUGGACCGUCGGUCACUGAGCAGGCCGCGCACCGCAGGCUCCGGCAAUCCAGGCCAGUCCUCCUCUUCCUCAAACCGUCCCCUGAUCCCUGAACUCAGUUCGCCACCUCCACUGCCAGACUUCUUCCCCAGGCGACAAACCUACGAGCCGGUUCACACAGACGACAGCUAUUUUGGAGCCCCCGUAAAUCACAGCCCUCCGGCAGCCGAACCAGUGCAACACCUCUCCAGCAUCCACACGCUGGACUGGCCGGUAACCACGGGCUCGACGCCGACUCUUACCCCCGCACCCGUUGUGCAGCCCGGCCCGGGGCACCAAUGGCCGAUACAGCCUUACCGGAAUUGGACAUCGCAUGUCGAUUUGGUCGAGGCAGCCGAGCGAUACAAAUCACACUCCAGCCCGCAGUCCGGGCUGGAAGGGAACCGGGAUGAGUAUGGAAACGAGAAUUCGGUGCCCCUCAAGCUGCGACGAGCGCCCUUGCCCGGACGGGCCACGCCCGACUCUUCCCGCACCUCGUCUAUUACUAGCAGAACCAACGGGGCCAACGGAAUCCGUCCGCCGUUGGCGGGCGCGUCGGCGGCACCGGAAGGCUUCUCUCUGAGCCACGAGGUGUCCUUUGUGCUGGUCAUCUGCCUGGCCCAAGUCCUCAUGCUGGCGGGCAUCGGCCAGGCCCUCGCCCCCGCCUCCAUCAUUGGGCAGACCUUCCCCGACACGACGCCCGGCUCGCUGGCGUGGUACUCGGCGGCGUACGGCCUGACGGCGGGCACCUUCGUCCUCCCGGCGGGGAGGUUCGGCGACCUCUUCGGGCACAAGAAGAUCUUCAUCCUCGGCUUCCUGUGGUUCGCGCUCUGGAGCGUCGUCGCCGGUUUCGCCGAGAUGAUCGAAUUCGUGGGCGGCCACGGGACGGUCUUCUUCUGCUUCAGCAGAGCCAUGCAGGGCAUCGGCCCCGCCCUGCUCGUGCCGAACGGCCAGGCCAUGCUCGGUAGGGCGUACCAGCCGGGCCCGCGCAAGAACCUGGUCAUGUCGCUGUUCGGCGCCGCGGCGCCCCUCGGCUUCGUGGUCGGCGCCGUCAUGUCCACCCUGUUCGCCAUCAAGGCGUCGUGGCCCUGGGCCUUCUGGUCCCAGGGCGCCGUCUGCGUCGGGCUCGCAGCCGUGAGCGUGCUGGUGCUCCCGCCGACGCGGCAGACUAGGAAGAACGACAGGGAGAGCCUCUGGGUCCAGCUAGACGGCUACGGCAUGGUCUUUGGCGUCUGCGGCCUCGUCCUGUUCAACUUCUCCUUCAACCAGGCUCCCAUCGUGUCGUGGGCCUCCUCUUACACCUACUUCAUCCUGAUCAUCAGCGUCAUGCUGAUCGCCGCCUUCGUGUACACCGAACUGGUGGCGCCGUAUCCCCUCGUCCCCAUCGCCGCCAUGCACGCGCAAACCAACUUCGUGCUGGGCUGCACCGGUGCCGGGUGGGCCUGCUUCAGCAUCUGGGUCUACUACAGCUUCUCGUUCCUCGAGAACCUAAGGGGAUGGUCCCCAUUGCUGGCCAGCGCUGCCUACUCACCGGGUCCGAUCAGCGGUCUCAUCGCGAGCCUGCUGACUGGGUAUCUCAUGAGCCGGAUCAAGCCGCACUGGAUCAUGUUCGUAUCGAUGUGCGCCUUCUUCACCGGCAGCAUCCUCAUGGUGACGGCGCCGGUGGACCAGAACUACUGGUACAACACCUUCUUGAGCAUAUUGAUCAUGCCGUUCGGCAUGGACAUGUCCAACCCGGCGGCAACGAUCCUACUGAGCAACAUCGUGUCUAAGGAGCAUCAGGGCAUCGCCGCCAGCCUCGUGGUGACGGUGGUGAACUACUCCAUCUCCAUCGCGCUGGGCAUCGCCGGCACCGUCGAGACCCACGUCAACGACGGCGGGCAAAACAUCCACGCGGGUUAUAGGGGCGCCCAGUACUUCGGCCUUGGACUGGGGGGCCUGGGCAUCGUGUUGGCCGCCACUUUCCUGGUCCAGAGUUACAUGAGGGCCUCAUCAUCCCUCAAGGCGUAA